AAGCACACACAAGAGCACAUAUGCACACAGACAGAUCCUUUUGUCUUUAACCUCGUUUUUCUCUUCCUCAGUUCACCAAAUCAAUCAUCUCUGCAAACUAGAAAUGGGAGAUUCAACUUGUCUCUUGCAUGGUUUCUCUUAUGCUUCUGCCAUCCCCAAUCAAUCCAAACAGGGAAACUCCAUGCAUCAGCUGGGAGAAUCAAUUUCAUUCGGAAGAUUCAUGAAUGAAUCUCUAUCAUGGGAUAAAUGGUCAUCUUUUCCACACAAGAAAUACGUAGAAGAAGCCGAGAGAUACGCGCAGCCAGGUUCUGUGGCCGAGAAAAAAGCUUUCUUUGAAGCCCAUUACAAAAGAAUCGCCGCCCAAAAAGCUGCAGCUUUAUUACUACUCGAGCAAGAAAAUGCUUCCAAAAUCGAAGAUGUUGUUAAACCAGUAGAUAUUGAUGAUGAUGAUGAUCAAAGACCAAUCUUUGAUAAUUCUCAUGCUCAAUUUGAUGUUCUUGAUACAGAGGAAGAAACUGUUGAAGUGAAUGCUGGUAGUAAAGAUAGUUUAGUUUCUGCAGUCGAAAUAAUCGAAGAAGGCGAAAAUGCGGAUAUCGUCGCAGAAGAGAGAAUUUCAAUUGACAAGUUUGAUAAUCUUGAAAACAAAGAGACAACGGCUUCUGUGUCAGAGGGUAGUAGUGGAAUGGAGAGGCCUUUGCUAAAGCAGAAUUCAGAUGAUGUUAGUGAGGAAAUUUCAUCGGCGACUAGCAAGAAAUUACCGGGUAUUUCUUCGAUUAGGCGAAAAACGUGGAAAAUUCCGCCAACUACCCCUGCAAAACCGGCUACUCCUCAUUUCAAGAAAGAAAAUAAUUUCAUUCCAAUUAGCACAAGAAAGUGUAAUGUGGAAUCAAUGGAGAAUAAGAGACCUUCUCCGAAGUCUUUCCGUAGAUUAAUUAACUUGAUCCCGAAUAAAGAUCCCGAUAAAGAAUCGAUUUUUGCUUCGAAGAAUCCAGUGCUUAAAACCCCUAUGAGGACUCCAAUUUUGGGAGCUGCAAAAAAGGGUGUUUCCAAGAAUCCUGCAGCUACUCCUCUAUCAGAAAACAGGAUGAAAACACCUAUUGCUCCCAGUGGCAAUGGAAGCAAGACAGCUGGCCCUAAAUGGCAUGUUUUGUCUGCUGUUUGCUCUAAGUCGUUAACCGCCUGUCGGAACAAAUUACAAUCGCCGGCAACUUUGUCCACGCCGUUUACUCUGAGAACAGAAGAAAGGGCAGCAAAACGAAAACAGAAACUCGAGGAAAAAUUCAAUGCGGAUGAGGUACAGAAGAAGGCUCCCACGCAUCAACAGAAAACAUUGAAGGAGAAAGCUGGAAAUGAAAUUAGGAAACUGAGUUACAGCUUUUGCUUCAAAGCUCGCCCGUUGCCCGAUUUCUACAAGGAAAGAGAAACCUCGAUCAAUCACGUUAAGAAGAUUCCAACUGUCAAAUCACAGACAGCAGUACUAGGAAGAAACAUUUCGAACAAGAAAGAAGUUGGCACUGUCUCAAUGCCGCCUCCACCUCCGCCUCCUAAACCGUUGGCCAAGAACGGUGCUCACAAGAAUAUUCCAUCCAACAAGAAUAUUCCGUCCAAAACGAACGCUGUGAAAGCAAGUAAAUCUCUUAAUACACCGUUAUCUGAAAGAAAUGCUCGUGAGAACAAGUCUCCAAAUAUUCAGCAUUGAACAGAGCAGCAACGAUCAAAUGUCCGUUUGAAUUGAUUACAGGAGAUAUCGUAUACAUCUUCCAUAUUUGUAUUCAAGAAUUCAUGUAAUUCCAUUGUUUCUUUUCAUUUGCGGUUUUUGGUUUUGGUUUUUGGUUUACACGAUGAUUUCGUAAAUACUCAUAGCUACAGUUGGGCAUGGAAAUUGAUUGAAAUUUCCAGAAUUCGACCAAUUCAGAUCCAAAAAAUUUCAAUUUU